AUGAGAAGCAAAUGUGUGCACGACAAGGCAAGACCACCGUGUCGGGGGUGUCUCGAUGCCGGUCUUGGCCCUGAAGACUGUAUCUUCCCGGUUCGUGGUCAGCCGGAUCAGGACCGCGAGUAUCGGCACCCUCGAGUGAGGGCCGACAAGACCAAGAAGCGGGAUGGAGCAGCAAAGGUCCGCCGAGAGACGCUCGAGGUCCCAGCUCCGCUCCGCUUGGCUCUGGCAAAAGGCGCCGACGAUUGGGACCUCCUACCGCCUCUUCCGGAAAUCGUUGAGGCAGUCAAUAUGUUCACACGCCACUACUUCCAGCUGGGCUUCAUCCCAAAGCAGCUCUUUCCAGAGCGACUUCGCACCCAGCAUCGGUCCGUCAGCGUAUUCUUCCUGCUCGGAAUCCUGGGCGUCUCGGCGCGGCUGACGCCGGCGUUGGUCGAGCGCUAUGGAAGUGCCGUGAGAGCAUCAGAGACUUUCAUGGAGCUUGCCUCGGUUCUAGCGCAGGGCGAGCUGUACAAAGAGCCCACGCUUGAGAGGUGCCAGGCAUUCUAUCUGCUGAGUAUUGCCCAACAGGGGAGCGGCAUGAAGCAUAAGAGUUCGAUUAACAUGGCGAUUGCGAUGCGGAUGGCAACUCUGAUGCAGUUGCACAGGGAGGAGACCUAUGUGAUAUCGAACCCGACAGCGGAGCUAAUUUUACGCGCCGAAUCUGCACGGAGGACUCUGUGGAUGCUGCACAGUCAGGACAACUUGCACUCGGGGCCGCGAUCCCCAGUGUUGUUGUCAGCAAGUGAUAUCACGGCACUACUUCCGAGCAACGAGAGGGACUUUGCGAACGCACGAGAGCCCAAAUCAAGAGCGGCGCUUGAGGGUACGCCUCCGGCAUUAGAAAACCCUGCUCUCGUUGCCGACGAAGGGAGAUCCUUAUUUGCCACGCUCAUCCAAGCCCAUCACUACUGGGGAGCCAUCUAUCGGCGAGCCGUCAACAACAACAAGAGCUCGCGGCCAUGGGAGCCGGAGAGCGAGUACUCCCAAAUGGAGAGACGACUUGCAGAGUGGGAGAGCGGGCUCCCAAACGACUAUCGGUGGAGCAGUCUUCUUCUCAAGGGUUAUAAACAAGAGGGCCAGGACCUGGGUUAUUUAGGCGUGACCAUGAUCACCCGUCUCUGCAACAUUGUCAUCCGGAAGGCAUAUCUGCAAGACAUCAUAUCUCACGACAAAUCCAAUCCCGAUAUGACAGCCUUCUGGGGUGAUAUGGCGCGCAAGCUCUUUUGGAAUGUGAACAUGCUCUAUGAACAGAUCGAGACACAUUAUGCAGACAAAUCUCCAGAAGAAGGUCUUGGGGCACAGAUGGCGGCAUUCUGUGUCUAUACUUGCGGCUUUUUGGCAUGUUAUGCAUGCAAAUUUCCAGACAUUUGCCCCGACCCGUCCAUCACCCGCAAUGCUCCCAUGAUGGUGCAGCGGAUUCUCAACAUUCUCGCCGAGAGCAAGCAGAUCUGGCCGCUUGCAGCUCGGUGGUAUGAUCACCUGGAGAGGUUCUACAAAUCCAAAGACGUCAUGACGGUUGGAGUGGAGGGCAGCAUGGCUGACAGUCGAGAGCCGAUCCCCCAUGUCCUCCACCCAAUCCCCAGCCGCCCAGUUGUGAAGUCAAUCCAACCACGCAUAGUGGCUCCAACAACCGAUGAAACGAACGGUGCAGCGGCCCAAAGCCCGAAAAUGACCAUGCUCACCCUCCCACAGCAACCCGCCCCUCCUGUAUUUACCGACCCCAACCUCCGUCUGCACGGCUCCCAGCAGGGGCCACCCGCCCCCUCGACGACUCAGCAAGUAGUGGCGCCACAUCCCCAAGCGAUUCCGCAGGCUGCCGGGCCCAGGCCGACCACCGACGGCCUUGGUCUGCUAAUCGAGGCUUUUGAUACUCACCAAACGGCCGCUGCGCCUGUUGCGCCAGUGACGACAAGCGCGCCUCCGCCGGGGACGGCGUACGACCCGCAUACGGCGCCGCAACAGUAUUAUCCGCAGCCGCCGCUGGCGGCAAAUGAUGGCUAUGAACACGAGUUGGGGUACUACAUGUCGGACGGGGUGCCGCCGGCGAUGCAGCAGAGCUGGGCUGGGGCCGGGGAUAUGUAUGGAUACUGA